ACAGAUGGCAGCGGAAAUUUUCCACUUCCGUUUGAGGCCGUGAAGAUUUUGUGGCCUCAAAAUUCAUUUUAACCUAAUUGUUUUGAAAUUUUAGAAUGGCUGCAUUGUUUUCCUGUACGAAAUGUCAUAGUAGACACCCAUUUGAAGAGUUAUCUCAAGGCGAACAGUUAUGCAAAGACUGUCGAAAUAAUUAUCCUAUAGUCAAGUGCACAUAUUGUCGAGCAGAAUUCCAGCAAGUAAAUAAAGGCAGCACCCACUCUAUCUGUAAGAAAUGUGCCUACAAUGUUAAAGUAUAUGGGAAGCCUACAGCUUGUGAAUACUGCAGUGUGAUAGCAGCCUUUAUAGGCAACAAAUGCCAGCGGUGCACCAACUCGGAGAAGAAGUGGGGCCCUCCUUCCACCUGUGAACAAUGCAAACAGAAAUGUGCAUUUGACAGAAACGAUGACAGUCGCAGAAAGGUUGUAAUUUUACAGGUUGAUGGCAAGCUCCUAUGUUGGCUAUGCACUUUGGCAUAUAAACGUGUAUUAGCCAAAGCCAAAAGGCAUCGUGAACAUGAUGCCCAGAAAAUUGCCAGCGGAGCAAAUCGAGCCAGUACUGACAGUCAGCCAGACAAUUUACUGGCCAAGCUGGAGAGCAAAGUCAGUCAAAGUGAGAGUCGACUAAACGAAGCUGAAUCUCGACUUGAGAAACAUUGGAGCAUUAAUCGUUUGUUUAAACUGAGUGGCAUUGAUCUAGAUAAGACUCCCACAAAGACAGGUUCUAGUGGUAGUGGUGGGGGCAGCGGAAGCAACAACCACCACAGCAACAGUAAGGAAGAGGGCCGUAGUCGGAGCAGUGAGAAGAACAAGGACAGACACAAACAUGCUCGACAUCACGACAAACGGGACAAGUCUCACAGCAAGAGCAGCAAGUCAAAAUCACAUCACUCCAAACAUAAGUCGGAAGACACUUCAUCUCCCACUAGUCCAAACAAGAAAGCUAGAACAGAAAAAAAUUCCUCAAAUGGCGUAUCUACUCCAAAAAGUACCAGCAGCAGUAUAACAGACACAGCAGCUACUAUGGACAUCGGUUCCUCAGACCAGAUGAUUGCCAUCACACAGCUUAGAGAACAGCUCGAAUCUCUCAAGAAACAGCUGCAAGGCAAAGACCAACAGCUCAAAGAGAAGGAUAAGAAGAUAAAUGAACUUAAAGCAGAAAAAUGGGAAUUUGAGAAAGAAUCACGAACAAAACUGAAUACUCUACAAAAACAAAGUUCAGACACAAUAGAUACUCUACAGGUAAAAAACCGUGAAUUAAUGCGUCAAGUUUCAGCCUUAUCAAAAACCAGCAAGAAGACCGUCGUUGCAGAAAGUCCACAUUUAUGAGGAUAGUAUCUGUUAUAGACAUUACUGAAUACCUCUGUGUGACCUUUGUAAAGUAGCAGAUUACUUUAGUUUUCUAUGAAUGUAACAGAUAUUUAAUUAGCUGAUUCAGCAGUUUUAUGCUUUCAUUAUGUGUCUUGCCAACUAUUUGAUUCUUAAUGACAAUUACUUUUAUCACAUGGUAUACUGCCCAGUGAACGAAGCUGACCAUACUUGUGUGUUAUUACACAGGGACAUAUGUGUUUUAUUGUUAGGUCAGUUGUGAGAGAUUCAUCAAGCUUUGCCGCUAAUUAGAAAGUUGGUACAAAGGUGUCAUAUUGAACAUCAACAGAAACCUCUUUUCUGCUUAACCAAUUCUAAGUUUAUGUCAACCCUCCUAUUUUUUAUGAUCUUAGUCCUGUUUUAAUUAUUCCUAUGUUUUGAUAUUUUUUCAUGGCAACAAUAUUUGUUACAUUCAUUCACAAAUUAGUUCGAUUUUAAACACAUUUUAUCAGGGACGUUAUACAUCUAUCUUGAUGGGGCUAUUAUUGUGAGAAGAAUGUAGAAGUUUCAUGACAUACCUAGAGCAACCAUGAAAAAUGGCUUCCAUUUAUCCAUUGACGGUUAAGUUUGUAACCUUAUCACCCUGUUUUUCCGAGUUCCAUUCAAAGAACGGUCAGUGCACUAGGACUAAUCCAAAGCUCAAACUUCAGAUCAGUUACAUGUGUACUUUUCAGAAACUUUGUGAACAGGCUCCUGAAUGUUCAUUUUGACAUAAAGAAGUCGUUUGGCAUUAUUUUCUAGUUUGUGUUUUACAUGUGGCAACUGCAAGGUGAGGUGUUAAAGAGUUACUGGAAAUUAUUUUGGCUACAGGUUGAAGAUUCUAUCAAUGGACAGUGCAGCUUAUUGAGAUUUAUGUUGAAAUGUAUGAAGUAUUGUACACUGCUGUUGCAUAUGCCUGGCACACUCUGGGACGUCUCCACUAUGAUUAUGAUGAACAUUGGCAUUAACCUUGAACUUUCUUCUACAAAUUAGAUCUGGAGGCUUCUUACCUGGAUUCUUGUUUUAUUUUAUAUGUGGGGUUGGGUGGGGCUGUAUGUGCAUCUCAUCACCCUACAAACAUGAUAGAUGUUUGAGUUUAUGGAUAACAGUCAACAGUUCUUGUCAAAGCUCUAAUAUUAUUAUCAAAGGUUAAUGGUGUCCUUAGAUUCACUUUCUAUUGAGGACCUCCAGGACCUCCCUUAAUAUCUACAACGCCAGGGCGCACUCACACAAAGUUACUGUAGCAGUGUGGUACUAUGGUUAUUGAAAUGCCUGUACUUUAACGUAGACUUACAUUAUGAGAGUCUCAUUGCUAAGAUUGUUUUGUGCAAGUGGGCCCUCAUCUUCCCGAGGCAAGAGUGGCCACUCACCUUUUUAUCAGUCUUGUUUCCACCCUUGCCACAUCAAGCCCACUUUCCUGUUCUAAAUAAGAUUGGACUAUUGCACAGAUCGAUAGUCCAAUCAGAGAACGUUCACAAAAUCAACAUCCACGACUGGUACACCUUCAUAUAAAAGUGAUUUACUGCUGCCUGUCUUUGUUGACACGAAUAUGUCUUGUUCCUAGGUUUUUGUGUCAAGGAUAAAUAGCAGAUGUUUUCAUUAUCUGAUUGACUAGGUCGUCGCCUAUGGUAGUCGCCAUCUUUGUGAAGCUCUAUGAAUAUGAAUAAGCUCUUUGUGAAUAAGAACGAUCUGACUGGAUAUCGCGUCUUCAUUACAAGGGGCACAACUCAUGAUAUACGCGAGGUGGCGCCAGGGUUGAGCCAAGAAAAGUGGGUUUGAUGUGGCAAGGGUGGCAAGGCUUUGAUAUAGGCUACUGGACAUGCUUGCCUCAGAAGGUGGGGGGGGCCCUGUGGACAUUGACUUAAAUAGGAGGAUGUUAUACUUCAUUCCAUAGCCUUUAUUCAUCCUGGCAUGAUCUAAAAGUGUUUGAUAGCCUAAAAGUAACAACAGUCUUUGUUGGACACCAGGUGUCAGAGAUCUAGUACCAUGUACUCAGCAAUAUAUAUUUGGCUCUGUGAGCAAGUCGUUGUGAGUGUCAGUUUGCCCAACUGGUUUUAGUUCAUCUGACUCCUGGGCCAUUAUACCGGUAGCUUAUGGGAUGGCAUGCUGUCUCCUUGUGCAGCUUUGGAAAUGAAAGUAUUUAUUGAAAUAAGAAGAAUAACGUGUACAGUAGCACAUGUAUAAAAUGUUUCACAAACUAAUCACACGUCACAAAUUGCUCUCCUACAUGUUUCAGUGUUGUGUGUUUAUUUUGUGACUUUCUUUAUGUAUGCGCUACAGUACAUGAGUGACUUUCACCUCUGUAUUGGGACCUCAAUAUUUAUGUAUUUAUUUAUAAAUCGGUGAGACAUGUUCCAUCUUGUUUGAUGAAUUUCAAAUGACUAUAAUUCCUAGUAAUUUCCACCAAAUAUAUAUUUUUUGUUACAACUGGAGAAAUUCAGUGUUUGCAAAUAGGCGUUAAAGUAUGAAGGCUGACAUUGAGAUCAGCAGUCACCUGAUUGGCUGAAUUUCAAAUGGCUCUAAUGCUUGCGGAUGUCAACCAAAUUUGAUUCAUCUUUUGCAACAGUUUUUGCACGAUCAUUUGAACAAUACUAAUCAGCAAUGGUGAACCAGUUGACUAAUUAAUCGUUGGGCCAUUCUUUAGUAUUGUUGUCAAAAUGUACCUGUUAAUCUAUUAUAUUUGAGGCCUGUGUGAAAUUAAAUACAGUCAUUUAAAUAUCUCCAGUUAAAAUAGAGACAUAUUUACAUAUAUGUAAAUAUUUGAUUUAUAUUUCACCUGUUAAGUGUAAAUCUGAAUGUUUUGUGGCACAGCAGCUAGGCAUAGAAUACAUGCAGUAUAAAGUGGUUAUAUGUUACUGGUGUUACCUGUACCCCCACUGACUGAAGACGAGACAUACCUGCUGUUUCCAUCACAUAGAGUUACACAUUAAGUGCAUUUAUAGUCCUUGGCCUCGUUCCACAAAGCGAUCUUAGCGGUAAGACUCCCAUACUUUAACAUAGGUUUGCGACAGUCUUAGCGCUAAGAUCGCUUUGUGGAACGGGUCCCUGGCCAUGUGAAAUAGAAUCACAAAGUAUCACGAUUAUUAGCUGAUGAUAGCUGCAUGUGUGCUUAAAUACUCUUUAGUGAAAACAAGCUAUUCCGGCAUUAAUAGUAAAGACAAAAAUUGCAAAGUACUCUUUUCAAGAAAUAUACUUUUUGCUAGCGCUAAACAUCAUCAUUGAAUUUAAUCACAGGGUUACAAUCUGGUGGGAAAGGAUCUGCAGUCAUGUGACUAAGCAGUGAUAUUGAGCCGUGUGUGAAUCUCAAACUGGGUCAAUAGCGCUGUACAUACAGUACCAGCAUAUGUAAUUAAAGCACAAUUGACCUAGUUCCAGAUGCAUACCACCUAUUCCAUGUUUCUAUUUCAAGUUGUGAAGACUAGCGGGGUGUGCCCUGGGCUUUGUCAUGUUGUAACAUAAUAGGACUAACACUGAUUUGUGAGCUGGCAAAUCGCUGAUAUCUCCGGGUAUAUCUGAAGGAAGGACUAGUGAUCUUUUACUUGAAUGUUACGGGUAUUAUUAAGCAGUUUUCCUCAUUUUGAUCACAGAUCUGUAAUGGUACUUGGCCUCAGGUUUUCUGCUGUCGUCAACAAUAGUUAACUACAGGGCUCGAUUUAACGAUAUAAAACAUGCACCUUUGCAACCUACUAUUGAAAAAUGCAGCCUAAUAGUUAUAUCUACAUGCAAAAGUGCAUGUCAAAAAGUUAAUAUGUGUCUGACUAGCCCUUAAUUGUCACACAUCAAUGUUAGGGGUACAUAAUACCUCUAAGGUGUAUUUACCAUACUAUAUCACUAAUCCCUGAGUUAUGUGUAGUUUGUUAUGCUUUCUUGGGCUUGAUGUCAUCAAACUGUGGGCACUUUAAGAUGAUGUGCUCAUGUUCCCAUAACGUCUUACAGCAAUACGUAAUUAAUUUACUGACACUGGCACCAGAUGAGCCUAUGUUUCAAAAUUGAAUAAAUUUAUGGGACCAAGGUGUAGCCCGGAUUUGUCUGGUGCAACUAGGUUUUCGUGUCAACAUGCACCUGGUGCAACUAGGUUUUCGUGUCAACAUGCACCUGGUGCAAGUAAAAUCCAGUUCCUUAAAUCGAGCCCUGAACUGUCUCCAUAUGUGAUGCUGCCCCAUCCUAAGCUCCCUGACUGCUUGUAAUUAAUUUUUGUAUUUUAGGUUGGCAUCUUAAUAAAUUAUUCCCAUUCAUAAAAACAUUUUAAUGGAGGUUUUAAGCAUAUUACAUGCUAUGAACUAGAAUUAAAGCUAUUCUUUCUGAAUAAUCAUAUUUUACAAACUCUGUCACUUGAACUUAUUUGCUCAGUGACUUUUGGGGGCGGUCGGGUAGCCUAACAGUUAAAACAUUUGCUCGUCACGCCGAAGACCCGGGUUCGAUUUCCGACGUGUACAAUGUGUGAAGCCCAUUUCUGGUGUCCCCCGCCGUGAUAUUGCUGGAAUAUUGCUAAAAGCUGCGUAAAACCAUACUCACUCACUCACUCACUCACUCAGCGACUUUUGGGAUGACCUGAAGGGGAAUAUUUUGAGACAGGGGUGAGAAUAUUCCGCGGAUCUGUGAAUUUAAGUGACCACAAAUUUGUUGAAAUCUUAUGGCUUCAGGGGGACCAAGUCUCCCAGACCCCCAAAAAUUAUGGACCACGCUAUAAUUGAAAAGAAGUUCCAGCUGAAAAGGAAAGUAUCCAUUCUAAUCCCUGAAGAUAGAAAAUAGUAUCAUGUUAUACAUAUAUAUAUAUCAACAUUGAAAAAUUCUUACUUUACUUUCACAUGUUUCUUAUUCCUUCUGUCCAUAACAAGGAGAAGGUACUUGUCUCAGUGAUAUUAUGUGAAUUGUAUGUUUUGAUCAAAGGUAUGUUGAAUCUGUCUGAGCCAUGGAUACCUUUACAGUUUGCACCAUCAUAGUCGUAGUUUUAGAAAACAGCUUCCGCCUACCUGCCCUAUUUUCAAAAAUAAUAUGUUAUGUUAGCCGUGGCAUUGUUUUAGACAAAAUGUCAAAUGGUAGUCUUACUUAAUUUUCCUUGACUUGCAGAACUUCAAUUUGCAGCCAAUACACAUCAAAGUAGCUUUAGCUCUUUAUUGGCUGUUUCAAGAAAUGUAUCAUGUUUGAUCUGCAUUGUCUCCACAGUUGCCGUUUAGUUUGUUUUAUUUUUAACUUUGUGCAAUUUCCCAUCAUUGUUUCUCAUCUAUCAUCUUUGGAAUAUUUUAUGUUGAUGCCAAAAAGUAGUUAGUGUGACACUAUGGCCACCGAUGAAAUGAUAGCUUCCAGAACACUUUAAAAGGAGUUUUUAUAACAGAAAAUUAUUUUUGUGACUGCUGUUUCUUUUAGAAUGUGCAGGCAAUUAUCAAUGUUCCAAUUAAUUGUUAUUCCUUAAUAACAGUUUCAGAAUGUCUGCUAGCUUAUGGCAGAGUGAAGUAAGAUUUACCGUUAUUUGAUAGGCUAACAAAAUAAAAGAAUUGGUUCUCAGGCAGUGGCUUUUGAAAAUAUAGUGCGGGUGGGCGUUUUUUGUGGGGUUUUUUGUGGGUUUUUUGUUGUUCAAGCUAGUAUGUAACCAAAUUUUGUUUACAAUAAUUGUGGCAAAAUCAUGUUCUUAAGUAUUGUAGCAUUUCACUGCUGGGGUCAGGUGUUCAAAGCACGGAAGAUUUUAAGAUUUUAUUUUUUUUGGAAAUAAAAACGAAAUGUGCUUUUUGAUGAUGCAGGUGGUGCCUCAGAACUAAGACUAUUAUUUUAUUUUAGCCAUGUUUUAUCCAAUGUCAUGUGAAUGUUAAACUUUGAAGUGUUUUCACAUCCUCUCAUUUCACGUCAUCUUGCUCACAUAUCAGUAAGAGUGUCAUGACAGUUCACAACCGCUGUUUAGUAGGGAUUGUCAUGAACCAACGGUCAUCAGUUAUAUUCACCAUGUACAGAAACUGUAUGUAAAUUUUUAUUUAUGUUAUUGUACAGUUGAUAACACUGUAUGGGACAUAUUUUUACUAUAGAGGCAUUUGACUAGCAGAUAGCCCUGUGUGACCUGGUGGAAACAAAGCAUUGGGUUGACAUGGGACUUGAGUCCUCCUCUGGACCAGAUUACAAUAACAAAGAAUUAGUGACCGGUAUUGGAUCAGUUGCUCGCAGUUGCUUCAUGUCUGGUAAAAGAUUGCAUUUUGAUUACAUUUGACUGGUACAUACAAUCUGUGUGAAGGUGUUAGAUCUUCACUCUGACCAUGGUUCAAUUCCCCGCAGUUAUAACCUACUUGUGGGAACUUGACGUAUUUUGUACACUGAAGACUGAAAAAAUCCAAUUCCACAACCUACCUACUUCAUUGUUCGCCAAAUGAAUUUUAUUGCAAUAUGCUGCUCUGCUCUGUCAAUUUUGUCAAAUAUGUUUAUAGAUCUGUAGACGUGUUUAAUUUUCUCAGUAGAAAUAUUGAUGAAGUGAACAAAGAAUUUACUUUUUCAGAAAUAUGCCUUGCAUGAAGAGCCUUAUGAGUAUCCAUUCUGAAAAUAUGUAUAGAUUUAAAUCCCCUCUCAAGUUAAUAAAUUCCUGAGCAGUUUUUGUUGUUUUGCUUGAAAGAUGUGUAAAUAAAAUACAUCAGUUCUUGAAAGCCAAGGAUCUCUGAUAGUUCAGAAAGUGUAGGUUCAGCCCUAGACAACCAUACAGGUUUUGUUCAGGUCGUGGAGAUGUGUGGAGAAGUUUUGCCUUGUCCUUGUAAACAAAUGCCCUUCAGAUAUAGAGAUGUUUAUUUUUCUAUUUAAGCGACUGCAUGUACUCAUUGCAUAUGUCAUCAGUGUUGAAUUAUUUCUGUCAUACCUUGUCAGUACUAAUGGACCAGUUCAAAAGUUCGAUGUCGGAUAAGAAACUUAAGUCCUUAAGUUGCGAGACAUCCUCCCUUAAAAAAUAACUUAAAUCUUUAAAUGUUGAAUUUCCGAACCUAGCAGCCUCUUUUGUCAUGCAUUCUCGUGUUUCGCCUUGUGUUUUUCCCCCGGAACGUUUAUCGGAUGAAGUUUAUUUACUAGGUGUUGACAACAAUCAUUGGUGGGUUUUUUAUAGAUCAAAUCUGUAAUCAUAUAUUACGCUCUGCACUAGACGGACUAUUGCCGGUAAUGAUAAAACCCAACCUUGUAGAAAGACUUGAUGUCUUCAGUGACUACUCCUAACAGCAUAUUAAAGCAAAAGAUCGGUUCAGUUUAGUUACUCUUGAGAAAUCAGGUAAGUUGAUUUUGUUGGAUGCAAAACUUGCAGGGGCAUUAACACAAACCCACCCCCACCCCUUAGGAAUUAAGAUCUUUAUCGGGAAACAAACUUUUGAACUGGUCCCUAAACAAGGGAAAUCCAGCAAACUAAAAGUAAAGUAUCUUAUAUAACGUCUGUGUUUCUUGUAUGUAAAAAGCACUUUAACUGUUUAUAAUGUGAGAUCCCUUUUUGGAGAAGCUGCCUUGUAUGCACUAUACAGUCUGCAACUUGGUCAUUGGUUUACUUCAGAUGAAGUUUGGAGCAAGCAGUAGAGAACCCAGUCAAAACAUCAGUGUGUAACUGAAAUUUUGUGAUCCAAGGUUAUUAGACAUGGUUAAAUACAUUUGCUGCUACUCAUCUUGUGUUUCCUGACCUAAAACCUUUGACCUUUGCUCCUGUUCUUGACCGGUGACUGUAUUAACAGUACCCCAUAUUAUUACACCAGUGAUUUUGCACUCAAUAAUCAAAAGACAUUUCUGUGAAAAAAAUAUUCUACAAAAGAAAAUGUAGUUUUCUUUCAGAUUUUGCCGAUUAAUCCAUAGAGUUAAUGAUAUAUAAUUAGCUUUGACAGUCCUUAUCAAUUUUCCUGUACAAUAUACUGCAAGGAAUUCUUAACCAAAUCUGUUCCAACAUGCAAGCAAAUAAAUUUAUUUAAUUCAAGAAAAUUGUACAAUAUAUUAAAUGAAUUACCGAGUAAUUAUUUGAUGUAUGUCUUGUAUUGUACACAUUACCCCUUUCGAGAUGUCUACGCCAGGUGGUACAUUGCCUGUCAUCAAUAAGUUUAUGUUAAGUACCUUGGUACAGCAAUAGAACCACAAUAUUUUGUAUAGGUUUGACAUAUUUGUAUGUGGUUACGUUACCCAACAGUUUGUCUUCAUGAUAGUAUUUGUUAAUUUGUCAGUUGCUGUUGUUAUUCUAACAGAAUUUAGUGUAAUUUGUAAACUAUAUAGUGAUUUAUUUUAUGUAAAAAAUGAUUUUAUGAUUUUUUUAAUUUCAUUUCAAAUGUCCAUUGAUAUUUUGUAAAUCUUCCCAUAAAGCAAAAAAAAAGAAAGAAUUAAUUGAGAUGAAUCAAAUGUUAUCAAUUCCCUUAUUUAUUGUUAACUUGUACAGAUUGUCUUUAAUGGCAAAGAAUUUGCUGGUCAAAUUUUUUCUAAAUUGAAUAAAUUGGCUUAAUUUGGCUCAUUUGAGAGAGAAAAAUGGUGUUAAUAUUUCCCAGAAACUUCAUUGUCAUAUAUUCCCAUUGACCAUAUUACCACUGCCAUAGCAACCAUCAACAUGUUUGAAUGUAUGUAGACCAUAAUCAUUAUUGUCUGGUUGUGUACAGUGUAGAAGUUUUGUACAAUAAACGAGAGAUAACAUACA